UAGGGUAGAUUAGCACUGCUGAUCUUCAAACCAUUAGAGUUCCAUGUCAAUAUGUUAAAAGUCUUUCAGGCUUUCUCAUAUACCUUAGAAAGGGUAUCGAGUCCUGUUCCUACCAUUGCAGACAAUCUGUCAUGUAAAAGUUACUUAUUUGAAAAUAUUGAUGGAUUUCUCUGAGGACCAAAUUUUUUGCCACAGUUUUCUGUCUACUUUAUUGAUAAAAUACAACCAUAAUUGUGUUGCACUGUAAUCACACAUCUUGAGAAGGAUUCCUAGAAUUUUCCUCUGACCCACAAAUUCAUGGGUCAAAGAAAUUGCUCAUACUCAGGUCAGCUUGGUAAUUUGAGCAGCUAAAAAAAUUGAAGAAAAAAAGAUAAAUUAGAUCUCCGAAUACAUAUGGUAUCUGGACUAUGUAUUUCAAAAAAUAAAUGAGUCAGCCUCAGUCUGACACUUUCACACACUGACUACCUAGUGGACAAUAUUCAGGGAAAUGCAGACCAUUAUUUUCAAAUUCAUAUAUGGCAAUUCAGGAGAUGCAACAGUUGUUCCAACGUGGGCUAACCUGAUAAGCAGUAUAAAAUGGAAGUUGAAAAGAGUAGGAAGCCAAUGAAAGGAUUAAACAUUGAAGUUCAAGAUGUGAACUUCAUUUAUUAAUCGACCACGAAGACUGAACUUACAUGCCUGUCCUGCUGGAUCAAUAGAGCAAUAUUGCUUACUUGAGGUUCAAAACCAGGUGUUAAUAUUGGAUAUUGAACUAACAUAAAACAGCUUGAAACUCUUUGGGUUGUGUGGCAUUUAAAUCACAUAGAACUUGUACUAUGCUGUUAAGCAGAGAUCUUCCCCACUUAAAGAGUUAAUACUUUAUGAGGCUGCAUAGAUGGUUACUCAUCAAUAUUUUAAAAGGGCAGGGAGUAUGGUGUGCAGUUAGUGUUUCACCCUCCACACCAGUGAUAAAUAUCCAGCAUGUAAACUGGUGCUCUAGUCUUCAAAAGAAUACCAAACAGCUUAAAAACAUCCCAUGAAAGGGGAAGAAAGAACAGUUUUCCUUCUCAGUGUUACUUCCAUGCCUCUGUUUCAAAUGCUGCAAAAACUGAAGCGAUCCCUCUCCUUCAAGACUAAAAGCUUGCGGAGUAAAAGCGCAGACAAUUUCUUCCAGAGGACUAAUAGUGAUGUGAAACUGCAAGUAGACUUGAUGCCUGAGGUGAGCACAAGCACUGGGCAGCUCCCCAACUCAGACAGCCAGGCAUCUUCACCCACCAGAGCCCAACAGCUGCCAGAAAACAGCAAGACUCACAUCUUCCAGGAGCACAUCUUCAAAAAACCAACCUUCUGUGAUGUCUGCAACCAUAUGAUUGUUGGGACAAACGCUAAGCACGGGCUGCGCUGUAAGGCGUGCAAGAUGAGCAUCCACCACAAGUGUGCAGACAGUAUCGGACAGCAGCGUUGCAUGGGCAAGCUGCCAAAGGGAUUUCGACGGUACUACAGCUCACCACUACUCAUUCACGAACAGUUUGGCUGCAUCAAAGAAGUGAUGCCUAUUGCCUGUGGAAAUAAGGUUGACCCUGUGUAUGAAACUCUCCGCUUUGGGACUUCCUUAGCCCAGAAAACCAAAAAGGGAAGUUCUGGAAGUGGAUCUGACUCUCCCAACAGAAAUUCUACAGCUGACUUGGUGGAAGUUCCAGAGGAAGGCAAUAGCUCUGCAGGCACCCUUGACAUAAGCAGAAAACGCAGCAACAGCGUGUUUACAUACUCUGAAAAUGGCACAGAACACUUUGGAGAAGAACCAAAAAGUAUACAUUCCCCGGGACCAUUUUAUAAAAGCACGUUACAAAUGAACACCUAUGUUGCCUUGUACAAAUUUGUACCACAAGAAAAUGAAGACUUGGAGAUGAGGCCAGGAGAUAUGAUCACACUUCUGGAAGACUCUAAUGAAGACUGGUGGAAGGGGAGAAUUGAUGACAGAACUGGAUAUUUUCCUGCUAACUUUGUUCAGAGAGUGCAACAAAAUGAGAAAAUUUACAGGUGUAUCAGGACAUUCAUUGGCUGCAAGGAACAGGGACAGAUAACUCUGAAAGAGAACCAGAUUUGUGUGACUUCUGAAAAGGAACACGAUGGCUUUAUCAAGGUAUACAGCGGGAAGAAGAAAGGCUUUGUCCCCACAGACGUCUUAGAAAACAUCUGAUUCCAGCAGCCCACUCCCUGCAGUGGGAGCCCUUUGUUGGCAAUGCCUGUCUGCCUCAUCUCACACUGUGUCAACCCAGAUGGGCUGUCUUGCAGAUGUUCAGGGAAAUAGUGAGAAAACUGCAACAACAUGAAGAAAAACACUUUUAGACUGCCACAGCAACACUAAAAAUAUGAAAAGUUGAAUGUUAGAAAGAAAAUGUAAUCAGAAACCACCAGGGAAAUGAGAGGCCCUUGGACUGUAACAGGAAUAAGGUAAGGGAGGGAGAAAAACAAAGCCUGGGCUGAUUUCUGGUGCAAGAUGGCUGCUACAACCCUGACGGAGACAGACAGCUUGUUCUGAAGGACUAAACUAGCGUCCUGUUCUUGUGUCUUAGAAAACUGUUGGACUGCUUUCUUGUUCGAAGUGUGUAUUUCGGGGGAGGGGGGAAAGUACCGUUCAAACUGUCCUCGUACUACAGUCCAAUGCUUGUAGUGGCUGUGGUUCUACAGAUUCGUCCCCAAUACCAACCGAGUUUAAGCGUUUAGUCCUGGCGUUUAGUCUCAUAACAAAUCAGUUUGGAGACACCGUGUGAAUGUCAGUUCAAGAAAUGCACUGUGCCCUGGAAGCUGGCAACUUUCUCUUUCUGUGCAAUCUUCCCAUAGGAAAGAGUAGCGAAUUUGUGUGUCCUUUGUUUUCUCUGUAUAUGAACAAAAGCUCUCAGCGUAUGUUGGGUGUGUGUUGGCUGCUGUCAUAGGUCACAGAAAUAGCUGAUCCUUGGAUUCACAAGCCUGCUUGGAAGCAUCGCUCUGUGUUUCCUUCACCCUUAUGCGGUGAUACAGAAAAUGGGUAAAAUGCUGGGAGACAGCCACAGGCUUGAAACAUUUUAUAUUUUUCUGUGUUUAUUGCACUUAAAACAUUUUAUAUAUUAAUCCUAUUUAUAAAAAAAUAAAGCAGUUAUAUAACCCACUGGAAGGCUGAAAAUGUUAGGAAAGGACAGGCUGCACACAGGACUGAGUCUGUAAUUAUCAAAAGUCUGUAAUUAUCAAAAGGCAGAACUUGUGACAGAAAGGCACUGAGUGUCUUGGUGGUAUGCUUACACACCAAAGCUCUCUUCUCCAUUUGCUAAAUACAAGUUUUGCAGAUUCAGCAGUAAAUACACCAACAUAAAUUUUUCCUUGGCAUAAACCACCGUGAUCAUCCCUUGAGUCUUUUCCAUGCUAGUGAGACUGUGCAGACAUCCCUGUUUUGUCCAUAUAAGCCUCCAUCUUCAAAAGUGUUCUGGGCACAGGAACCUUUCAGGGAGUGGUCUGUGGGACCUGUGAGUCUUGUCUAAAUUACACAAGUCAGUCAGUGCCAAUUCUGUUGUAGAGCAGGGGCCUAUGAUAUUUGAAGACAGGGAACCUAAUUUCCAAGUAUUUAAUUGGAUGUAAUUGCAACAAAUACACUAAACAGCUUAGCAUGUAUUAUGACGUAGAGAUUAAGCCCUAUCCUAAAGCUCCCUGCUGAAUUCAUGCCUUCUUUGACUAGCUUGAAACAAAAUGCCUGUUUUUUCUGUGACUAACCACAAAUUGGUGUCCUAAAUCCUGCUACUGCAUGCCAGGCUAGUAUAGGCCUUUGCAAAGGUGAUGCUCUUCCUAAAAAAAGCAGCUAUUGAUCCUGUUCCCAUGUAUUGAAUCAGGUGGAAUCUGUGUUGCAUAGCCCAGGUCUCAGUAGCUGAGCUGCCCUAUUUGAAUUGCUGAUCUUACUGAAAGCCUUAUAAAAAUCCAGGUGAACUCUACACUUGACCAGAAGUUCUCAGAGCAGAUUGGUCUUCAGUCUCUUAGAGACAUAUUUUGCUGCUCUUAUGCAUCCUUUAAUUGCAGAGGAAGUUGCAGGGCUGCCAGCUGCUGAAACACGGCCCUUUGUAAUGCAGCCGGUCCAUACUGAUUAUUAACAAACUCCUGGCUGAUCAAAGGUAUCUGGUUUCAUACCUUCUGUGGGAAUAUCAGCAGGGUUUUUUUUGUUCCACUUCAAACAACAUUUGCUCAGCUCAUUUUCUUAAAUAACCAAUAAACUCAGUGGGAGAGGAUUCUGAUAAUCCUCAAGGAUCAAGAGGAAAAGCAGUAGAGACGUAUUAAUCCUGUCUGCUUUAUGAGAUUAUUUUAUAUAUUUGUAUUCACCCAUUCAAAGGAAAAACUCAAAUGUUUAUUACAACUGAAAUAUUUGCUACUUUAGAUCAGGCCUGUCAAGUGGAGAAAAGAAAAUCUGCAUUAAUCUAUACAUAUGUGUUAAUGUUUACAUGAUUGCAUCAUACUGUGAUUCCCCCCUUUUUCAGUCUUCUAUGACUUUGAUUUAUCCCUACAAUGUGCAUCAUACUAUUCAAAGAAUUAUAUGACUAUUACCUACAAAUCACAAUGGCCUUUAAUCAAUGUCAGUUUUAUUCCUUUUGAUACUGAGCAAUAAAUAAUAAAGUGACUGAGUAAAAAAAAAACAGGCCUUAUGUGGACUGCAUUACAUCUGAGAAACUAUUGCUUCUGAACCAAAGCUUUCAUGUUUAUCUUUUCUUUGUGUUUUGGUUGGUUGCUUGCUUGCUUUUGUCUUUUUACUGGGCUUUUGCUGCCAUUCAAUAUGUAGAUGUAAUUUAUGCCUAAUUUAGCAAGAAGCACAUAUCAUACAUGAGUCUUACUUUAAGGAUGUGAUUCAUUGGCUAUUUCCAUGCUUAAAGCUGAAGUACUUUGCUAAAUUAAGGUCAUUUUACUCCAAAAUUUAUUUUGGAUGCCUUACUCUUAAUCCAGACAAGUAUCUCAUCACUUUUUUUACUACCAUAUGCAGUUUGCAAUAGGUACUGUGUUAGCAAGCAGUUAAAAAUCAGACAGAAGAUGGAAUGGAUUUUAUCUGACAUAUGUUAAGAAAAAUUGAAUUUUAGGAGAUAAAUGCUGCUCAGAUUUAAUUUAAUAAUCUGCUUAAUAAAGACUAUGUGAUGGUUGGAAGGAGAA